CACCUUCGCUCCCUGCAGGGAGACCCUCACCUCCCACUGCAGACCUGUCAGGGCCCAGGAGCUCCGGCCCACGGACACGCAGGAGAGGUGGACAUGGACCAGGACGUGGAGACGUGGGAGCAGGUGUUUCAGGAAUUAAUUCGGGAAGUGAAACCAGGGCAUCAGUGGACCCUGACGCCAGACAAGGGCCUACUCCCCAACAUCCUGGAACCAGGCUGGGUGCAAUACCAGCAGCGGACUUUCGCCAGGUUCCAGUGCUCCUCCUGCUCCCGCCACUGGGCCUCGGCCCACGUGCCGGUCCUGUUCCACAUGCACUGGAGCAAGGGCCUGGCCAAGGGCCGCGUGAAGGUGCGGGUCUUCGCCCAGAGAUGUAAGAAGUGCUGCCAGGCGCCGUUUGAGGUUCCCGAGUUCACCCCGGAGAACGUCUCGAGGGUCCUCAACAACCUGGUGCUCCAUGUUCUGAAGAAAUGCUACCGGGAAGGCUUCCAGCUGACGCAGGCGGUUCCCACGAUCAAGGAGGCCGCGCUUGAGGGGCCCCAUGACAGCCUCAACUGCGAGGCCUGUCUGCAGGGCUUCUGUGCUCAGAGUGGGCUAGGCCUGGCCACACAGGCGCCUGUGUCCCCAACCAUGCUCAGCCCCUCCAAGGACACCAGGAAAUCCAAGGUCCCGGCCACACAGGCACCUGUGUCCCCAACCAUGCUCAGCCCCUCCAAGGACACCAGGAAAUCCAAGGUCCCGGCCACACAGGCACCCGUGUCCCCAACCAUGCUCAGCCCCUCCAAGGACACCAGGAAAUCCAGGGUCCCGGCCACACAGGCACCCGUGUCCCCAACCAUGCUCAGCCCCUCCAAGGACACCAGGGAGUCCAGGGUCCCGGCCACACAAGCACCCGUGUCCUCGUGCCAGCCUGUCCCCUCCAAGGACAGCAGUGGACCACGGGCCCCUAUCUCACAAGCACCAAUCUCUCCGUCCCUGCUCACCCCUUCCAAGGACAGCAGGGAAACCAGAGUUUCUAUCACGCAGGUAGCCGUGUCCCCAUCCCACCCCACCAUUUCCAAGGACACUAGGGGGCCCGGGGUCACUGGUACUUCUACCCACCUCCCCUCCUCACAUCCAGCCUCUGACGUGGACAAGCAGCAUGUGAUGACAGCUGGUCCCCAGACUUAUAACCCUCCUAAGAUGGCCAGUGCCCUCAGAGUUAGUGACACCAUGAAACCAUCAACUUCUUCAAGAUGUCCAACCCAGCAGGUGCCACUGCCGAGCUCUACCCCUGGGACAGCCAGCCACAUCCCUUUUUCCACAGAGAACAGCCCCGCCAGGAGCGCCAGGCCGGGGACAGCAGAGGCGUCGCCCAUGCUCCCCUCGCUUCCUGAGUGCAGCCAGCCAAUUAGCACCCCCAAUCUUUGGAGCCUCGGAGAGAACACCAUCAGCCAGGCGGACUGGGGGGUGCAGGGAGUCCCCCACAGAGGGCCCAACUGGGGGUCUGACUGUACCUGCCCUUCCUGUGACCCCCCACGGGAACGCGUGCGUUCCUUCUGCUGCUGCUUCCUCCUUGUCGUCGUUGUCAUCACCGUGCUCAAAAGCUUCAUGUGAGCCUCCACCUUUUACACCCUUGGGGUCCCAGAUUCCCAGGUAGAGGGAGACACGCGUGCUCACCAUGGGCAGAGAGGGACCGGUGUGACACCGCAGGGGACUUCCCAGGCUCCCCGUCCAGCCGAGGAACCUGGACAGGCAAGAAGCACUGCAGAGGCCGAGCAGGAAAGCAGGCUCCCUCCUGCCUCUGAUCUUCCCAGGGGGUCCAGCAGGGCUUAGCCAAGGGCUCAUUCCAGUCCUCUGUCCGCACCUUCCCUUACCCGGACCCGCCAUGGUGCUUCCAGCAGAUGGCCAGGGAUGGGCAAGGAGGGCCAUAGAACCAUUUAACGGCGACGUUGUGUUUGAGAACAGGAGUAUGGACAUCUAACUAUUGGUCUGUGAACUAUUGAUAUUUCUCAAUGUGUUCAUCUUGCUCUUAAUCCUUCCUUUUGGGGCCAGCAGAUGGCAUGGUGGUUAAAGUGCUGGACUCCCACACGGCCGACCACUGUUUGAGUCCUG